GAAACGGAAGCUACGCUAGGCGCAUUAAAUAAUGCUUGCCCUUGGAAAAACUUUCAAAUAAUUCUACAUGUAACUCACUUUAUGACAUUUGAUCCAACGAUAAAUCCUUCCGUGAAAAGUCCACAGUAUUUAACUGCUAAUUACAAUGAUAACGUAGUUGAGGCACGAGAGAACGCCAACGGAGAUAAUAGUAACGUAAUUGAGCAACAAGAGACUGCCAACAAAUAA